UACAAAUGGAGGACACCACCACCUCCCAGUACUACUCCGUCUACCUCGUCUGGGCUCUCGUCCUCGCGCCCCUGGCGCUUGCAGUUACAUGGAGAAAGAAGGCAAACAACAGUCUGCGGCUCCCGCCGGGGCCGUGGCAGCUGCCGGUCAUCGGAAGCCUGCACCACCUCGUCAGGCAGCUCCCGCACCGUGCCUUGCGCGACCUGGCCAUGCGCCACGGGCCGGUCAUGCUGCUCCGGCUCGGCUCAGUGCCCACAAUUGUGUUGUCGUCACCCGACGCGGCGCGCGAGGUACUCAAGACCCAGGACCUGGUCUUCGCGACGCGGCGGCUCACGGCUACCAUGGGCGUCCUCACCUGCGGCGGCCGGGACAUGAUCUUCGCGCCCUACGGCGACUACUGGCGCCAGCUCCGCAAGAUCGCCGUCACGGAGGUCCUUACGGCGGGACGCGUGCGCUCCUUCCGAGCCAUCCGCGAGGAGGAGGUCGCCACCAUGCUCUGCGCCAUCCAGUCCGCCGGUCCCGUGGUGGACUUGCGCGUGCUGCUGUCCGCGCUCGUCUCCGACGGCACGUUCCGCGCCGUCAUGGGCAGCCGGUGCGACUCCAAGCAGCGGGACUUGUUCCUGCAUGAGCUUGACAGAAUAGUCUGCCUUGCCACCGGGCUUAACACGGCGGACCUCUGGCCGUCAUCGUGGCUCGCCGGACGGCUCAGCAACGCCCUCCGCCGUGCCGAGGAGAUCCAUGCCAGCGUCUUCGGGAUCAUCAAGGGCAUCAUCCACGAGCAUCUAGAGAGGAGGGAGGAGGGCCAGGGCGGCGAGGAGGACGUGCUGGACGUGCUCCUCAAAAUACACAAAGACGGUGUCAUCGACAUGGUUGCCGUCGAAGGCGUCAUUUUUGACAUCUUCAGCGCCGGGAGCGAGACGUCGGCGACCACACUAGAGUGGGCGAUGGCGGAGCUGGUGAAGAACCCAGCAGCGAUGGUGAAGGCGACGGCGGAGGUACGGCGAGCCUUCGAGGGUGAUGGCACGGUCGACGAGGGCAAGCUCGGCGAGCUCCCAUACAUGCGCCUGGUCAUCCGGGAGACGUUCCGUCUGCACCCGCCGCUGCCGCUGAUGCUCCCGCGUGAGUGCCAGGAACCAUGCAAAGUUCUGGGCUUCGACGUGCUCAAGGGCACACAGGUGAUCGUCAAUACCUGGGCACUAGGCCGUGACGAGCGAUCCUGGGGGCCCGACGCGGCCGAGUUCCGGCCGGAGCGCUUCGAGUCUGGCGCUGGGGUAGACGUGGACUUUAGGGGGACAGAUUUCGAGCUGCUCCCAUUCGGCGCUGGGCGGAGAAUGUGCCCCGGGAUGGCGUUUGGCCUGGCCGGCGUGGAACUCCCGCUUGCUAGCAUGCUGCUCCACUUUGACUGGGAGGCGCCCAACAUCUCAAACCCGGCCGAGUUCGACAUGACAGAGCAAUUCGGUGUCACCGCUCGGCGGAAGGCCAACCUCCUGCUGCGCCCUUCGCUUCGCGUGCCACUGCCAACCUCUCCACCUUUUAAGACCCUUCCGAGUGUACAUGUACUAAGCCUAGAAGGAAUCUCUACUACUAUUAAAUAAGCAAACAUCUUCUUUCUUAGAGACACCCCGUUAAGUGUACACCGGUUGAUUAUUACCGUCUGAUUAUCCCACCAAAUUAGAUCUAACAGCCUAGAUUAAUAUGAGGUUAGCAAUUAGCAAUUACAGUCCGCCCGACGUAUACUCUGCCAAAGAUUCGUCCGCCUAAUACGUGUUCCAUGAAAGCGUAAUCAGCUCCUAUCCCAGCGAUUGUAAAGACCACAUACCGCUCCUCCCUAUUCCAUGUCCAUCGUACCCUAGGGCUGGAUCUAGGGUUAUUAGAUCGCCGCCGCCGCCAGCAUACGGCUGCAGAUGAAGGCCACAACUCUUCUCUCCGGCUAUCCCCGACGUCAACCCACCACGCCAUGUCCGCCGGACCGACGACGGCCAGGACGACGUCCGGCGUCCAGCGCUGGAACGAGGAGCUCGACCAGGCAUCACCCCAUCACGCCCUCUGCAUCCAAUCUCUCUUUCUAACAUCUAAGUGCAUCAGCAGGUUUGAACACAGAAUCUAGACCGAGAAGGUUACAUAAGCUUGCUGGCAUCACCCCUUUUUAAACUGAUUUUUUGUCCCAAAAGCUCAGGGAUUUAUUCCCUAGAAAUAACAUGGCACACCAAUUUUAUCGAUCCCGCAUUCUUGAAAAUUUAUGAGUAUGACACUCUCUUGUGUUUGCUUCAAGACGCUCUGAUGUAUCCAAUCCCUUUAAACAUCCGUAAAUAGAGAUAGCCAUGAUAGUCAGGCACUCACUAUUCAAGUAUAAGAUCAGCUCCAUGGUCUCCAAUUAGUCUUCUUUCUCGAUGCUCAGGUCUUCAUGAGCAGACAAUCAUUUAACAAUGGAUGGAUGGGGGUACACUGUUUGGAUCGCCCUACCAAACUGAAAUAGUGUUCUGAUUACACACUUCACAAUUUUCAGAAUUGAGACACAUGUAGGCUCUGGGUUGUGCCAUCACAUUAGUGAAAAUAGAUGUACUAUAUGUCGAUUAGUAUUUGUAUUGUUGCUUCAUCAUCCCUCACAUAGACCCAUUGCCUGAAACGCGGUGUCACACUCUAUUCCAGGACUUUACUGACCCAAUGCUGCCGUGAUGGCCGCCACACUCCUCACGCGGACACCAUGGCCUGGACACAGCAGCGUGACACCACAUCACUACGCCUACACUAGAUUCAGCAAAGGAACUCCGGCCCAUCCAACUUUCAGGUUUGGAACAUAUUCCUUUGUGUUUCACAAAUAACAUGACAGAGUCCUAUGCUUUUAGUUCUUAUUAGGUUGUGUUUCACAAAUAACAUGACAGAAAAUCCUAUGCUGAACUGGAAUAAAUUAUUCAGAUUCUAUUGUGGUAAAGACACGAUAUCUUCCUUUUGGCAAGCGACAACAUCUGGAAGUCUUUGUAAUGAAACACUAUGACUAAGUAAUGAUCGUACUACUUAACAAUGUAAAAAGAAAUUAAUGAUCAUGCUCAACUGAAUUUUCUCUGAUGUGAGCUAAUGUUGGACUCAUAAUAUGUGAGUGCAAAACCCCAACAAGGCCCCGACGUGGAUCUGAAAACUGGUACGAAAUGCACAAGACACUGAAACUUCCUCCUGAUUCAGUGCAGCCAUACAUCCUUCAGCCUUCCACACCACGCCGGCAAGCCGGAAAGUGGUACAACAGUGGCAGCGCUCUCCCAGGCACUUGGGCUGCCCACAACUCCUACAAAAUAAAUCGGCACAAGCUUACUCACAUAGAUUUGCAGAUCGGCGCGUGUUAAAAAUAUGUACAUGCAGAUGGAUCAUUCGCAGAUCAUCUUUAUCGGGAAGGACUACUUCUCAAGCGACUACUGCCUUUAUCAAGUAAAGGAUCUUUGUCAGCAGUACAUUCUUUGAACUUUAUUAGUUAUAUCAUCUCACUCUUCCUAUGUUGUAUUGUUUGUACAUAAUGAGUAUUGCUGCUCAAUGCAACCACUAGAAUGCAAUGAUUAGUAACUCUUCUUGCACUGUUGCAUCUAUAUGAUUGACCUUGUAUAUUCCGGGUUGACAUGCCAUUAUAUUUGACUGUACUGACAUUGAUGAUAUGCAUUUGAUGACAAUAGCAAAAUUAUAACCUAUUGGCAUGUAACAUUCUUUGAAAUGAUAUGACUAUGUUUUUUUUUCUUUUACAACUUGCUUACAGAUAUACUCCCCCUGUCCCUAAAUAUGUCUUUUUAGAGAUGUCAAUAUGAACUACA